GAGAUAAAAGGGCUGCUUUUCUGUCUCUCUUCCUCUGCGAGCUGGCUUAGGAGGAGCUGUUUAGCAUCCCUUCACGUCAGCCCUGCCUCAUUCCCUUCUUCCAGGGAGGGAGAGAGCGCGAGCGAGAGAGCGAGCGAGCGCGAGAGAGAGCAGGAGGGAGAGAGAGAGGGGGAGAAAGAGAGGAGCCGGAGGGAGGGUGGCAGAGCAGGGCGGGCGCGCGUGGAGGCGGCGCGCAGCAGCAACCCGGGCGGUGGGCAGCAGGAGCCCCCGGCCCGCCCGGCCCGGCCAGCCGAGGGCCCCCAGCGCGAGGAGCCGCGCCCGGACCCAGGAAAUGCCCUCGUAGCCAGACCCCACGGGAUGGAGGGCUUCAUGGACUCAGGGACACAGACGGAUGCUGUGGUGGUGCUGUCCUUGGCUCAGGCUGCUGUGCUGGGCCUGGUCUCAGAAAAUGAGCUCUUUGGAGCCACCAUAAGUGCAGAGGCCUUUUACCCAGACCUGGGGCCAGAACUGUCUGGGACAGCCAUCGGGGAGCCAGGACCACCAGGGCCUGACAUCUAUCAGCUGGCCUGUAACGGGCGGGCCCUGGAAGAGCCCCCAGAAGAGGAGGUGCUGGAGGUAGAGGCCGCCUUUGAGAAGCACACCCGGAGGAAGACACGGCCCCCUGUGAGGCUGGUACCCAAGGUCAAGUUUGAGAAGGCAGAAGACGAAGAGGAACAGGAGGUGUAUGAGGUGUCUGUGCCCGGGGAUGACAAAGACCCGGGCCCUGCAGAGGCCCCUGAGGAGGCGGCCAGUGGUGGCUGUGAGGCCCUGGUGCAGAGCAGUGCCGUCAAGAUGAUCGACCUCAGCGCCUUCAGCCGCAAGCCCCGGACACUCCGGCACUUGCCAAGAACUCCAAGGCCAGAGCUGGACACGGCCCCAUUCGAUCCUCCUUACCCGGACCCAGCCCGGGAUGGCUUCCUGGAGCCCAGCAUGGCACUACCUGGACCAGAGACUUUGCCCACUGAAUGUAGUUUCGAGCCACCCCAUCUGGCCCCCCUGAGCAAUCCUGAGCCUCCCAACAUGACAUCGACGGAACUCGUCAAACCAGAGCAGGGCUUCGUGUGGCAGGAGUCCAGCGAGUUCGAGGCUGACACGGCAGGCUCUACAGUGGAGCGCCACAAGAAGGCACAGCUGGACCGGCUGGACAUCAAUGUGCAGAUCGAUGACUCUUACCUAGUGGAGGCGGGCGACCGCCAGAAACGCUGGCAGUGUCGCAUGUGCGAGAAGUCCUACACGUCUAAGUAUAAUCUGGUGACGCACAUCCUGGGCCACAAUGGCAUCAAGCCACACUCAUGUCCUCACUGCAGCAAGCUCUUCAAGCAGCCCAGCCACCUGCAGACGCACCUGCUGACACACCAGGGCACGCGGCCCCACAAGUGCCAGGUGUGCCACAAGGCCUUCACUCAGACCAGCCACCUCAAGCGCCACAUGCUGCUGCACUCGGAGGUGAAGCCCUACAGCUGUCACUUCUGUGGCCGUGGCUUUGCCUACCCUAGCGAGCUUAAAGCCCAUGAGGUAAAGCACGAGAGUGGCCGCUGCCACGUCUGUGUCGAAUGCGGCCUAGACUUCUCCACCCUGACCCAACUCAAGCGCCACCUGGCCUCCCACCAGGGCCCCACCCUCUACCAGUGCCUUGAGUGUGACAAGUCCUUCCACUACCGCAGCCAGCUACAAAACCACAUGCUCAAGCACCAGAAUGUGCGGCCCUUCGUGUGCACUGAAUGUGGCAUGGAGUUCAGCCAGAUCCACCACCUCAAGCAGCACUCCCUCACCCACAAGGGUGUGAAGGAGUUCAAGUGUGAGGUCUGUGGCCGGGAGUUCACCCUGCAGGCCAACAUGAAGCGCCACAUGCUCAUCCACACCAGCGUGCGGCCCUACCAGUGCCACAUCUGCUUCAAGACCUUUGUGCAGAAGCAAACCCUCAAGACCCACAUGAUCGUGCACUCGCCUGUGAAGCCGUUCAAGUGCAAGGUGUGCGGGAAGUCCUUCAACCGCAUGUACAACCUGCUGGGUCAUAUGCACCUGCACGCAGGCAGCAAGCCAUUCAAGUGCCCGUACUGCUCCAGCAAGUUCAACCUCAAGGGAAACCUGAGCCGGCACAUGAAGGUCAAGCACGGCGUCAUGGACAUCAGCCUGGACAGCCAAGACCCCAUGAUGGAGCUGGCAGGCCCCGACCCCUCUGAACUUGACAACCAUCAGGAGAUGGAGGACUUCGAGGAAAACGCCUACACCUACAGCAGUGUGGACGGCAGCACGGAGGCCAGCGCCCUCACUGAGCAGGCCAUGAAAGAGAUGGCCUACUACAAUGUGCUAUAGCGGGCCGCUGAGUGGGUGGGGAGGGCGCAGGGUGAGACCCACCUACUGAGGGCUGCACCUGUGCAGUCCAGAACCAAGCUACUGCCCACUGCCCAGCCCCCCUCCCCCCCACCCUCAGUCAUUUGCACCACUAGGGACCUUUAGACCAAAUGGAGACUGUACUACUGUCCUUGCAGGGAGCUGGGCGCAGGCCUAGGCACACAGUGAGGGAAAGGUAACCAGGAGGCCCACAUCUGGUUCUCCUUGGCCUGCUGCUGUGGGUGGGUAGGGGAAAUACUAGUGAGGCCUCUUCACGGGCACAGACUUAGAGGUCUUCUCCAAGCCACCUCGGGCGUAGAGGGGCUCUCCAGGAAGAGAGUGCUUGAGUCAGGUCUUGUCUCUCUCCUGCUCUGACUCUGGCCUUUAAGGACAUCUGAGCUCCUGCACUGGCCAGCACUGCCCACCACACCCUGCUCAGACCCAAGAACCUCUUCCCUUCCCCUGUCACUCAAGAGCCAGGCAGGGCACUCUGCCUUCUACCUCCUGGGCCUCCCCUCGCUCCAUGCAGGCGUGCAUGCGGCCCUGGCCCUGCCCGUAGGAGCUGGGGAGUCCAGCCUCCAGAGCACCCUUGCCCCAGCCCCAUUUGAAAGAAUGUCCCUGAUGUGCAUUUCAACAAAUUUUAUCCAGGUCUGCCCCAAGCUAAGGCACCAACCACAGUGUCCUCACCAAACAAAAUCAGGACAUGCCUUUGUGUCUGGCAAACAUUAACAAAGAUAGGUGGAGGCCCCUUGAGCCAGCGGGGAGGGGCAGGGUGACAUCUCUGGGACCAGGAGAGGCUGUCCUCAGGGGAAGCCAAGGAAGACCACCCAUGGGAAGAGGGGAACUAGAAUGUUUUGUUUUUGUUUUUUAUGAGCAAGCAGGUGUUGUGAGGAGUGGGCGAGCUGAGGCUCAGCAGGCUCCCAAGGAAGAGCAGCGUAUUUAACUGAAGACCAUAGAGAGGGGGAGUAAUCUUUUUUUGAGCAAGUGAGGAUAUUUUGAAGGUAAUUUAUGUUUUCCUUUCCAACUCUCUUGUCUGUCAUGUUUGAUGGAGAGGGUUUUUUUGUUUUGUUUUGGUUUUGAUUUGUUCUUUCAAGCCUCAGCUUUCUCGUGUGCUGUGUGUGCUUCCUGCUUCCCUUACCUAAAGCAAUCAGGCCUGAGGGACCUGUGCCCUGGCCCAGGUGUGUCACUAGCUGGGAGCCUCAGAAGGCUAAGGCAGGAGGGAAGGGGAGGCAGAGAACCUACCUGGCCCUCUUCAGCCAUCGGUUGUGUGCCACCCAGGCAGCCAAGGCUUCUGACUGCACAAGGCCAGCUGGCCCUCUUCAGCUGUCCACUCUGCUCCCCUCUGUCCCCCAGGUAAUGACCCGCACAUCAAUAAUCUCCCAAGUACCCAAACCCCUGCCCACGAAUCCCAAGGCCCCCAAGGGGAGGAGCAGGCAGGGCUAACCCCAAAAAGGCAUAGAUGACGCCACCAGCUUUGGCUGAGAAACCAAGAGGGAGAACCAGCUGGGGCAGAGGGUGCUGAUUGGCAGUACAACUGCCCCCAAGCCUGUCCCUAAAUGAAACACCAAGCCAGGCCUCAGGGUAGCUGUUCAGGACUGGGGGUGAGGGGGACAGUGGUCUAAAUGUGGUUUCCCAUGGCUCCCAGCCUCCCAGGUGCCCAUCACAAUGACCCUCAGGUGGCAGUGAUUAGGUGUCACUGUACAAGACAUUUCUCCUGCUGAGCAGAAGGCAUCACCCCUGCAAACUACCUCUUCCCACAAUGACUUUCUCCCCUGGAACCAAAAAGCACCCUGUACCUCCUUCCCUUCCUCCUCCUCCUCCUCUCCUGCCAACGCAGUGGCCUUGGUCUUGGAAAACAGAAGGAAGAAGUCUGGCCUGGGUGGGGUCUCCCUUUGUCUCCCAGCCCGCCAUUGGCACAACCCUCUAGGGGGUGGGUGCCAUACUCAGAAACCCCUGCCCUCGCCCUGUGCAAAGCAGAGAGGAAGGCACAGCACAGUACACAGUUGGAACCGGAGGUGGCCCUGGCGGAAUUCCACUCUAACUUAUUUUGAAGUGUAUACAAACCAACGGUUUAGCGAUUCCACUUGUGCAGAGCCCUACUGUGUUUUUAUGUUCCUGUUUAAAAGAGAAGUUUACUUAGCAAUAAUUAUAAAUAAAUGAGUAUUCUUUAGCGAGG